AUGGACUACGACUCAAGACAAGUAGCCGAGCACAAGGUGGCAACAGAUGCCUGGAUGACAAUCAACGGCAAAGUCUAUGAUGUGACAAAAUAUUUGCAAGACCACCCAGGUGGUGCGGAAGUGCUAGCAGAGGCCGCUGGCACAGACGCCACAGAAGCCUUUGACAACGCCGGCCACUCCGAGGACGCCCUGGACAUCAUGGACACGUUCCAAAUCGGCAGCCUCAAGGGUUACAAGAAGAAGCCCCAACGCAAGGCCGUGAACGUGACACCCGUCUCAGCGCCCGAGAAGCCAGCGUCAAGCAACACGCGGGCGCUCCUGUCCAAGCUCGGCAGCGUCGGCCUCUUCUCCGUCGCAGUCACGGGCGUAUACCUCGGCGCGCGCUAUUACGGCCCCGCGACGCCGACCUGGGUGCUGUCCGUCCUCAACAACGAGACGCCCGGCCGGCACGGCUUCGGCUUCACCAAGGGCCUGCUCGCGGGCGCGGGCCUCUUCGCCGUCGUCGACGCCGUUCUCGCGCAGCAGUUUACGCGCCUCGCGCAGCAGAGCGCGUCCUUUACCAGCUACCCGGCGCACAUGAAGGUGCCGGCGCCGGUGCAGCAGGACACGCUGCUGCAGCGGGGGCUGCUGGACCCGGCGACGUACGCGCCGCUGCCGCUGCGGGCCAAGACGCAGGUGGCGCCCAACGUGUACCGGUUCACGUUUGCGCUGCCGGCGACGGACACGGUGCUCGGGCUGCCAAUCGGGCAGCACGUGGCCAUCAAGGCCGACGUGGACGGCGAGAGCGUCGCACGCUCGUACACGCCCGUGUCCAACAACGCGGACCGCGGCGUGCUCGAGCUCGUCGUCAAGGCGUACCCCGACGGCAAGCUGACGAGCGGCUACCUGGCGCGCCUCGCCGUCGGCGACGAGGUGCUGUUCCGCGGGCCCAAGGGCGCGAUGCGCUACGCGCCGGGGCUCGCGCGCCGCGUCGGCAUGGUCGCUGGCGGCACCGGCAUCACACCUAUGUUCCAGCUCAUCCGCGCCAUCUGCGAGCACGACCGCGACCUCACCACCGUCAGCCUCAUCUACGCCAACCGCACCGAGCAGGACAUCCUGCUGCGCGACGAGCUGGACGCCUUCGCGCGCAGGUACCCGAAGCAGUUUUCCGUCUACUACCUGCUCGACCAGCCGCCAGAGGGCUGGGCGUACGGCACAGGGUACUGCACGCAGGAGCUCAUCGAGGAGAAGCUGCCGCGACCGAGCGCGGACACCAAGAUGAUGCUGUGCGGGCCGCCGGGCAUGGUCACCGCGGCCAAGAAUGACAUGGUCAAUCUGGGGUUUGAGAAGCCGGGGGCCAUGGCGAAAAUGACGGACCAGAUUUUCCUUUUUUAA